CAUAAUCGUAAGGAAAAAUGAAUAGCCACCGGGUAUUGAGCAUUUUCCUUUGCUUUUUAUUGGUGAUGAGAGUCACUGCAGAGGAGAAGAGAGAAGUCUACGUAGUCUACAUGGGAGCAAUCCCUGGGGGCUCAAAUGCAAACUCUUUGAAGGAAAGCCACUUUCAACUUCUCUCCUCGGUACUAAAAAGAGGACAGCACGCGGAGAAGACGAUCGUCCGCAGAUACGAGCACGGGUUCUCUGGGUUCGCGGCGAGACUGCUGAAGGAGGAGGCGCUCGCCAUCAGCAAGAAACAAGGCGUCGUGUCGGUGUUUGCCGACCCAAUAUAUCAGCUGCACACUACAAGAUCAUGGGAGUUUCUUCAACAAACAUUGGUCGAGACCUAUCUGAAGCAGGACUCCGGCUCAGGCUCGUCGGCUGGUGGACCCGCGGACACCAUCAUUGGACUUCUUGACACUGGGAUUUGGCCGGAGUCGAAGAGCUUUGAUGACGCUGGGAUGAAAGCGGUUCCGAGUAGAUGGAAGGGGACUUGCAUGAAAGGGGCCGAUUUCAGUGCCUCAAAUUGUAACAAGAAGCUAAUUGGUGCAAGAUACUACAAAAACCUGGCAGAUUCAGUGCAUACUUCUUCCCUAGGAUCACCGAGGGACUCAGUAGGCCACGGGACCCACACAUCAUCCACCGCCGCCGGCUCCCCCGUCACUGACGCAUCCUACUACGACCUCGCCCCAGGGACCGCCAAGGGCGGCUCAACCUCAUCCAGAAUCGCGAUGUACAAGGUGUGCGGAUCCUCAGGCUGCCCGGGCUCCGCACUGUUAUCGGGCUUCGACGACGCCGUGGCCGACGGCGUCGAUCUGUUGUCGAUAUCGAUUGGUGCGUCGGCGUUCUUCAGGCCCGACUUUUCGAGCGACCCGAUAGCGAUUGGUGCGUUCCACGCCGUUGCGAAGGGGAUCACGGUGGUUUGUUCGGCCGGGAACGAUGGGCCGGAGGUGGGGACUGUGGUGAAUGCGGCGCCGUGGAUUUUGACUGUCGCUGCUACGACUAUUGAUCGGCAUUUUGAGUCGGAUAUUGUCUUGGGAGGGAACAACAAAGCUGUGAAGGGGGAAGCCAUAAAUUUCUCUAACCUUUCGAAGACGGCAUCUUAUCCUUUGAUAGCCGGUCUAUCAGCAAAAUCUAACUCAAGCUCGAGCGAUGAUGCAGCGCAUUGUGAGAUUGGUUCGUUGGAUGGGAGCAAGAUCAAAGGGAAAAUAGUUCUCUGCAAGCACUCACAAAGCGAUUCAUCAAGGAGUUCGAAGGCAGAUGAUCUUCAGAGCUCAGGAGCAGUUGGAGCCAUCAUGGCAGAUGAGACAGAACAGUCUAAAAUUACUCCUUACAUUUCCUUUCCAGUAACCGAGAUCUCUGCAAAAGCAGCUGAUGAUAUCUUCGCUUACGUCAACUCAACAAAGAAUCCCAUGGCUACAAUUCUACCAUCGAUCACUGUCGAGAAGUAUAAGCCAGCACCUGCGGUGGCCUAUUUCUCUUCCAGAGGCCCUUCAGCUCAAACAAGCAACAUGCUAAAGCCCGACAUCGCUGCUCCAGGGGUGAACAUACUAGCAUCAUGGAUACCGACGAACGAGUCAUCACAAAUCCCAGCAGGCCAGAAACCUUCGGCGUUCAAUCUGAUUUCUGGAACUUCGAUGGCCUGUCCUCAUGUCGCAGGGGUCGCUGCCAUGAUAAAGUCUUGGAAUCCUUCGUGGAGUCCUUCAGCAGUUCGAUCGGCGAUCAUGACCACAGCGAAUCUAGUGAACAACGACAAGGCACCUCUAUCGACAGACUCAGGCUCAGUAGCGACACCUUAUGACUACGGAGCAGGAGAAGUGAAUCCAAACAGCGCACUGCAACCAGGUCUUGUGUAUGAAGCAGGUCCUGAAGACUACUUGCAGUUUUUAUGCAACUACGGAUACAACACCACCGACAUUAAGCAGAUCGCAAAGACACUUCCAGAUGGAUUUCAUUGCCCGAAAAAUUCCAGUGUGGACCUGAUAUCUAACCUCAAUUACCCAUCAAUAUCCAUCUCAAAGUUCCGCGGGAAGGAGAGCAAGACGGUGAGCAGGAUAGUUACUAACGUCGAUGAAGAAGAAGGAACUACGUACGUCGCGACCGUCAACUCGCCCCCCGGACUGGAUGUGAAGGUGGUACCUGAUAAGCUUCAGUUCACAAAGAAUGUGAAAAAGCUGAGCUACCAAGUUGCAUUUUCUGCUUCAAGCUCUUCGCUUAAAGGCGAUCUCUUUGGUUCGGUCACUUGGUCUGACGGAACUCAUAAAGUUAGGAGCCCAUUUGUGGUGUCGACUGCCUGAAAGGUGAGCCACGAAUAUGUAUGGUCUGAUAAAUAAGAGAAUGCCCAGCUGAUAUGAAACCCCGCUUAUGACACUGCAAACGUACACUUUCAGAGUAUUUCGUGCUGCACGUAAUGCUGUUUACGAUUCGGAGUGAACCUGCAGAAUAUUGUACUCUUCCCGAAUAAUCAUCAGCUUGCCAUGAUGUAAUGAAGAAAAAUAACGGAUUAUAUUAGCGCACUGUCUUGGCUCC